ACGAGGCUUGUUUAAAGGAGGACACUCGGUAUACUGCAGCCUUCAAAGGACGCGUCCUACCUAGCACGCAGCCUUCGAAACGAGACACAGCCUGUGCCGUGUGGGUGUGUUGUAAUGUCGCUUUUUUACCAGCAGUAGACAGCAGUAAGCAGCAACAGUCACUCUCCAGCGGUGGAUGUGGAUGUGUUAUGUGUGUGGGGCGGAUUGGGCUGCCACUGUUAUAUAGAGAACAUUACUGAACUCAUACAAUAGCGAAACAUGGCUACUGAGGCGCUAUCAGCGUGCACCGGAUCUAACUUACUCCAGCCCAUAAGCGAGAUAACCAACCUUCCGUUAGAUCAGGUGAAUUUUGUAGUAUGUCAGCUGUGUGCCCUGCUUACAGCCGUGUGGUUCCGGCUUUAUCUGCACCCCAGCAAGACCAGUCCGUUUGUGCGGCAUGUGGUUGCCACACUGCUGGGCAUCUACUUUGCCCUCUUCUGCUUUGGCUGGUAUGCUCUUCAUUUCCUGCUCCAGAGUGGUAUUACUUACGGCAUAAUGAUUCUGACUGGAGUUGAGCACAUGCACAAAUACUGUUUGGUUGUUGCUCUGGGUUAUCUUAGCUUCUGCCAAAUCACACGUGUUUACGUCUUUGAUUAUGGAAUGUACUCUGCCGAUUUCACAGGACCCAUGAUGGUCAUCACACAGAAGAUAACCAGUGUGGCUUUUGAGAUCCAUGAUGGUAUGGCAAGAAAGGAAGAGCAGCUCAAUAAGAGUCAAAAACUGUUGGCAAUAAGGCGGAUGCCCAGUUUAUUGGAGUACUUCAGUUAUAACUGUAAUUUCAUGGGCAUUUUGGCUGGUCCCACCUGUUCCUAUAACGAUUACAUUGCCUUCAUUGAGGGCACCCCCUGUCGUCACAGAGACCAAGAGACCAAGGGAAAAGUGAAUGGCAAGAGCAGGCUGAACGACCCUUCACCAGAUACUGAGGUCAUCCGAAAGCUGUCCACCUGCUUCUUCUCUCUUCUGGUCUUCCUCUCCGUCUGUAAAGUCUUUCCUGUGGAGCGCAACAUUGAUGAUGAUUUUAUUGCCACCACGCCCUUCUAUGCUCAGGUGGUCUACCUGUAUUUGUCCAUGCUGACCACCCGGCCUAAAUACUACUUUGUUUGGACUCUGGCUGAUGCCAUCAACAACGCGGCAGGAUUUGGCUUUAAUGGCUAUGACAGUGAAGGCUUGCCACGAUGGGAUCUCAUUUCUAACCUGAGAAUCAUGAAUAUAGAGUUUGCAACCAGUUUUAAAGUGUUCCUGGAUAACUGGAAUAUCCAAACAGCACAUUGGCUAAAAAGGGUGUGUUAUGAGCGUUGUCCAUAUAACCCCACAGCUGCCACCUUCCUGCUGUCAGCCAUGUGGCAUGGGGCUUACCCAGGCUACUACCUUACCUUUCUCACCGGCAUCGUUAUCACUCUUGCAGCCAGAGCUGUGAGGCACAAUGUAAGGCCAUACUUCUUGGGUUCACCAACUCACAAGUUUGUGUAUGAUGUCAUCACAUGGGCAGCUACACAGAUUGCAAUUUGUUACACAGUGGUACCCUUUGUGCUGCUUUCUGUGGGCCCCUCACUCAAGUUCUACAGGUCAUGGUACUUCUCCAUCCACAUAGGCUGUAUACUGUUGGCCAUCGCUCUACCUGUGAAACCACGCCACCUGCGGCUGAAAGAACAACAGUCUGCCCUCCAGCCAAGCCAAGAGACUACAGACAGCAACCAGAAACAAAAAGCCACAUGAGUCCUGGGACACUUCACAACAUCUCUAUAUACACACAGACUGGGCAAAUGUACCUAUUCUCCAGCCACACAUGAAUAGAGUCAGACAAACUAAAGCUCACAAAUAAACCAACCAGCCUGGACUGUGAUAGAGUGAGUCAGCCCUUGGCUCAUUAUAGUGCUCCUGGGAUUCAACAGUGAUUUGAGAUAAUGAAAUCAAAUCUGUCCGCUUUAAGGAGGAGUUCUCGAUGACUUGCCAAGAAAAAAUAGUUUGUAAUCUUUUGUUGCCUUUGUAAUCCAGUAUUAGUGUCCUAACCUGUUUAUCUUGUAUUGGGCUGUACAGUAAAUAGGAGUUUCUUGCAGGGCAUAAGGUAUUUACCACUUGAAGAAAGCUGGCAAUAUGAUCUUUGAAACAAAACGUUUAAACUAACAAUGAAAAUAAUAAAGAAAUUAUUUGAAAGGGGAAGAGAUAAAAGGGGUUUAUACAGUAUAAAGUUGUCCACAAAAUGUAAAGGAAUAUUCUGGGUUCAAUACAUGCUCAGUCGACAGAAUUUGUGGCAUAAUGUGGCCACAACAAAUUAUUUUGACUUGUCCCUCCUUUUCUUUAAUAAAAGCUAAAAUCUGGGUUACAGUGAGGCACUUUCAUUGGAAGUGAAUGGGGCCAAUUUCUGAAGGUUUUAAAGGCAGAAAUGUGAAGCUUAUAAAAGCACUUACAUUAAUUCUUCUGUUAAAACUCAUGUAUUAUUUUAGCUGUAAAAUUGUUUAAUCAGAUUACAGUUACUGACUUUAAUUACUUUUAAGUAAAUAAUAGGGUUAUGCUUAUUUCUAAUAUACAGUACUAUUUAUGUAGAAUACAUGAAUUAUGGCUCCAUAAUGAGUCAUUGUGAAGGAGAAAUGUGAGGUGCUGAGUGUAUGACUUGUGUGUAACAAUGAACAAGAAAGAAAUAUAGACAUUAAUAUGAAUUUGUUGAGCGGAAAAUGUUUUAGAAAGUAACUUAAAAAUAAAGUAAUUAGUAAUGUGAGUACUUUUUCAAUUAAGUAAUUAGUAAAGUAAUCUGAUUAAAAUUUUAGAGAAAUUAUUAAUUUGUAGUGGAUUACUAUUUUUAAGUAACUUACCCAACACUGGUCAGCAUUACUUCGUCAUGGCAACAAAGUUGUAAAAUUGGCUAUAACUUUAUACAGAAAAGGUUAGUAAGCGAUUUUAUCACACUAAAAUCAUGUUAACGCAUAUUGUUUACGUCUUGUGGCUAUACUUUUGAAAUAGUGAGUAUUUUAACAUUAAUGGAUUGCCUCCAUUCACUUCCAUUGUAAGUGCCUCACUUUAACCCAGAUUUUUUUUUUUUUUUUUUUUUAAAGAAAA